UUACUUGCCAAGGGAGGUGAGAGUUUGAGAUGACUGGUAGUGCUGCAAGCAUCUUUUUAUCACAUCAUCAAGGACAGUACCUUGAUGUACCAAAAGCUUCUUGUACCCAGCUUGCUGUGGCCACAGAGAAGGUGGCCAGUCUCCUCCCACUGACUGCUUCAGCUUGGUCUUUUUUAAACAAAUAAUUUAUUAGAGAAAAAAAAUGGUGACCUUACUGGGAGAGUUUCAAAAUACAGGAAACUAUUGUAAAAGAAAAGGGGAAGAUAGUACUUUUCAGUUCCCUCUCUGUCCAGGUCUCUUGUGCCUGUAAGGACUGUUUAUUGGUAAGGGCUGUGUUAAGCCUGUCCAACAAAAAUAAUUGGAAGUCCUCUCUUUGUUUCUCCCCCAAAAGAUCCAAAGCACCAGGAUCUCUUCCCCCCCCCAGCUCUUUUGCCUCCUACAGCUGUUCCUACCUUCAUGAAAAUGGUCAACAAAUCACUGCAGGGCUAUGAGGAGGGUGUGGAGAGUUAGUAAUGCAUGGUCAUCCAUAAACACAUACACACAGAAAUAAUUCAUUAUAUGCCUCCUGUUAAUAGCCUGAAUAGAUGUAGCUGUGAUGGUGCUGGAGGGCUACACAUCCUUCAGCCUGCCUGAAUAAGGUGUACAGACUGUUACAAGACUCUGUGAAGCAAAUCAAGGUUAUUAUUUAACAGGGAAAAGCCAUCAUGCAACACCAGAAUGAUCAUUUCCACAAGUGUUCAGCAGGAUAAGACCUGACCUGCAAAACUGGGCAGAGAGUGAGACUCAUGAAUAGUUUGCAGUCUACAACACAUUUUCUCUGUAAACCUACCUAAAUCUGACUCACAAGACCUUAUUUUAAAACAUGGCUGUCCCUAUGCUCUUGCAUGUUUAUACAGUUUGGUUUAGGUUUGAAAAAGCCUCAACCAGCUUGUAGAACAGUUGGUGAGACAAUAUAAAUCCCAGCCCAGACCACCCUACUGCCCCAAGAAGCGAUCAGUCCUGGAAUGUUACACAGAAGUGCUAAUCCUAUAGCCAUUCUCCAGGAGCACUGGAAGCUCCUCCAGUGAUUUCAAGCAAUCAGAUAAUGUCAGAUAGAGCUAUACUUUAUGAAGCAAUUUUGCUUCCUGUUAGUUUGACAGUUUCAAGUGCUUCCACACCCAGAGGACGCCCUCUGAGGAACUGCUUGCCAGUAUUAUCUCCACCUGAUUUCUUUUAGAAACUUAAAAACAAUAUUGAAAGCAUUGAAGAAUUAUGAAAAUCACAUUUUUCUUUGCUGCAUUAUUCUUACUGGAUCUCUUUGCUUGCUGUCAUGCUUAUCUACAAUAUCCCUUGCCUGACAUAGAAGAUGCAAAGUUCAUUGAAGACUGCGUGAGAGCUCACAACAUGUUUCGGUCCAAAGUGAAUCCACCAGCCAGCAACAUGUUUCGCAUGUCCUGGGACACUGCUUUAGCUAAGACUGCCAAAGCAUGGGCAAAGAAGUGCAAGUUUAAGCACAACAUUUACCUUAAAAUGCCUGGGAGGGUGCACCCCACCUUUACCCCUGUUGGAGAAAACAUCUGGACUGGCACAGCCACCAUUUUCUCUGUGGAUGCAGCUCUCAGCGACUGGUUUAACGAAGUCAGCAGCUAUGAUUUUGACAGCAACAGGUGCACUGGCAUGUGUGGUCACUACACCCAGGUUGUUUGGGCAGACAGUUACAAAGUUGGCUGUGCAGUUCACUUCUGCGAUACAGUUGAAAAUUUUCCAAGACUUUCCAGAGCAGCACAUUUUGUUUGUGACUAUGGGCCAGCGGGGAAUUACCCAAGAAAACCAUAUAAAGUAGGGCAACCAUGCAGUGGAUGCAGCAGCGAUAAGUGUGUAGACAAGCUCUGUGCAAAUACAGAACGUGAGAAGCUGAUAAAUUAUGCCUACUGGCAUCCGGACUGGGAUACACAGCCCCAGCCGCCACGGCCCCGGCCCCCCAGGCCUCCAGCACCACCCCACAUCCCACCUGCUGAGCAGCCGCAUCCCUCUUGUGACCAAUACUGUCUUUGUGUUUCGAUUUUAAGACCACUGUUUUUGGUACUGAGUACUGGUGCUGUUCUUUUAGUACAAAAGUGGUUUCCACAUACGUUUUUUAAUGAGUAAUGAUCAAUUAAGGUACUAAUAGUGAAAUUACUGUUCUAUAUCACUCUCAGAGAAUUGCACACAUAUAAAAAAAACACUUGGUCAUCUCUCCAUUAUCCUAAUGAUAUUUAUCCACCAUAGAAAAGGCUGCUUCUCCACUGAAGGCAGAGUUAGCAUAAUUUAUUGGCAGUAGCUUCUAUGCUAUGCUUCUGUGUCUGUACAAGCCAUUUAUAUCUGGUUCAGGAGUAGAUUGCUAGAGGGACCACAGAGACUAUAUAUUACUAUACAUGCUAACAAGCCUCCUGGAAACCUGGGGCAUCACAAAGACAUGUCUGAAGUGGCAGACUGUAUCAAAAAGAAGCAAUAACUCAUCUCCAUUAACCUUAAAUUAUCCCAAACAUUGUUUUCCCCAGAUCAUGGAGAUCUAACUAUAUGUAUUACUUAUGAACAGAAGGAGUAAAGCUUGUCUUUUACUAUGUUUAGCCUAUGUGUAUAUAUCAGUCUUCAUUAAAGUUACUCUAUUGUCAGGUGUACUAUUCUGUUCCCCUCCUCCUGGAGUUAAGCUCUGUCCUCCAUAGCUACAAUACCAGGGGAAGUUGAGAGAACAAGGACUAAGAUGGGGUGUUAAUGGGGAGAGCUUAAUUUUAGGAUGUGAGAUGGUGACAAAAUCUGAAAUACAAAAUCUGGAUGACAGCCAUGCUGAGCUUGCAGACAGGGAAGGUGGGGGAGCAGGGAGGAAAAACAACAGGGGGGAGAUGAAAUAGGCCCAGGACAGCCUCUGGUUCAGAAAUGGGAGAUCUCAGCCUCAUUAAAAAAGACCAGACUGUUGAGUGAUAGAUUCAUUUUGGAUUUAGAGACAUUUUACUUUCAACCCCUAUCAUUCCUGUAUACAUUUGCUAGUAAGGGAAACACACCUGUUUUUCAAGCUAAGAGAUGCUGGCUGGUACUAGCAAUGCAUAACUCUGCUAUCA